AUGACCCGGCGUCGCCCCAGCUUCUGGGCCCAGCAGGUGGCGCCCGAGGGGCUCCCCGGCGGUGGCGAUCGCCGGCGCAGAGACCCGCGGCUGCCCAGGGUGCUGCCGCCCGAGCUCCGAGCAGCCUCGGGCACGGGGGUCUUCGGGGGCUUGAGGGCCUCGGAGAGCGGCGCCGAGUGGUGGCAGGACCCCGCCUGUGAGUCCUUGUACUCCGAUCCCGGGCUGGGCUUCAGGCGCUCCCGGUCCCGCCUGCCGGUCCUGCCCACCGUGGCCCAGCGGCCGGCGAGGAGCCGGACAGGGUUGAGGUCGCUGCUGCUGCCGCCCCUGCUCUUGGCCGGCGAGCCCCCCGAAUCGGCGCCCGCAUGCCCCGAGCUCGGAGAGCGCGAGGACCCUCGCAGGGGCUCGGCCAAGGAGACCUCCGAUUCCUUGGGCUCCCUCCUAGAAGUUCUCCCGGGCCGGUUCCGGCAGUUCCUGCGACAGUUCAGGGUUGAGUCUGCGGAACGGCUCCUCCCACCGACACCCUCAGCAUCUCAACAUCAAAGGCAUCCUACGUCAGAGAUCAACGGAAGUCCUCCUCGGUGUUCCAGCUCCCACUUCCUCCCAGACCUUGGGGGCCAGUCAUCCUACCUCAAGAAUAGCCUUAAGAUUUUGCUUCAUCAGACACCUGUCCUGGGGCCCUUGAGUAGAGAUUACCGGCAGUUCACCACGGUCAAGGCCAAUCAGCCCCAGGCUACCCAUGCCCCCAAGCUCAAGGCUGUGCUCACCCACAACUCCUCGGGGGAAGGCUCAGGACACCGCAGGCGAUGUUGCCCUUUCCGAGUGAGAUUUGCUGACGAGACGCUGCGGGACACAGCGCUCCGUUACUGGGAGCGCAGCUGUGCCGCCCGGCAGGGCAUCUUCGAGAACAGGACAGCCAAGGCCCGGUCGACAGCAUCAGAUCGGGUGUUCGGGAGUGUCGGGAGAUGGCUGGAGAGCUUGCCCAAAGCCCUGUACUCAAGGGCCAAGGAGGAGACUGCGGCCAGCCCCUUCAGCUGGGACUUCCCUGGCCUGUCCACCCUGGAGCCGAAAGGCCACCUCUCUGAGGACACUUCCAUGAACAGCAGCCUGCCCUUCAUCCCCAGAGCCACCACCCAGAGGCAGCGGGGGGACCUCAAAACCUUUCUGGAGCAGGUGGGCAAAUUGCCCUGUUCCUGGAGCCAGAAGCUGGAGUCCUUCCUGCCCAGCGUGGUGCUGCACACGGUCCUGAAACGAGGCUGCCCCAAGGGGUACCAGCUCCUCCUGCCGUCAGCAUCACGUCGCACCCAGAGGUGA